UCACAGAGCCUAGUAAUGCCAGCUUAGAGUCCUUUUUUACGCCCACUAUUCUCACCCUCUCCCCCAAAUCUACAUCGCCUUCUCUCAAGUCUCUUUUCCUUGUUCAGCCCUUUACCUUGUUCAACUUCCCAAAGUUCAAACCUGGGGUUUUCUAUAGUGAGAAGGGUCUAGGAUGCUGACGUGCUUCAAACCUAGGACUUUUUUUUUCGCCCCAGCUUCCGCCUCAUUACAAAAAUAAUAAUAGUUUUUGCUCUGUCACUGGAAAUCCAGUCAUCUGAGUCACCCCAAAAUGACGUUAAAGCCAACCCCAGAAUACCCAGGCUAGCUGCAGACCGGGAUGCACUGAAAUGUAACCCGUACCUGCGGCUACAGCAGCACAUUCUCUUUAGCGGAAGGUGGAGGAACUUCCCGUCCAUUCCUACUUCGCCAUUGCAGGGGUGCUUUAUCCUGAAGACUGGGUUUGCCCACAUUGCCUCUGGAGCGAACUGAGCGGUAGAAGCCCCUCUCCGGACUCAAGGUGCUCAGAGCCCAGGCCACACGUAACAAAAUGUCUAGAGUCCCAAAGCAUUUUGGACUAAGUUAUGAUGAAGAAUUGAAGAUGCUGAAGGAACUUGAGAAGGUUCGCAAACAAACAAGGAAAGAUUUCCUUAAAUUCAAGCUGGGACAGGAAUUGAAAUCAAAAAGGAGUCCUCUAGCCUUUUCAACUCUACCAAGAGAUUUUAAUAAUUACUCUUCCCAGAGUUCAGAAAGUUCAUACGAGGCCAUCGCUACAGACAAGAUUGUUCCACCUCAACCAUGUUCUUCUGCACUUCAAGACACAGAAAAACAGAGUCAUGAUCCCAGAAAGAAGAUUCAAGGAAGUAAAUUACUUUUCAAAGAGAGCAGAAAGACGACGUCACUUGCUGGUAGACCUAGAAACGAGCCGUUUUGUCCCAAAGAAUUUUAUUUGAAAAAUACUGCUUACAUUUAUCAACAUGGAAAGGAAAAACCAGUGAUUGCCUCACUGGCAGGCACUUCUAAACAAGCUGUUUUAUUUAAACAGCCAGCUCCUCCUCACAAGUCUAGAUACCGCCGAGUUAUUCUUCAGCGAAGGUUGCCAACCCCUCAGUUCCCUCUUCCUUUGGAAAAACGCGGAGGGAAAAGCGAGCCUUCUUCUCUCCCAGAAUCGUAUCAUGCUGAAGAAAUCACAAGUAAGGAAACUAUGACAAGUGAACACGAGGCUGAAAAGGUCUCUCUGAGAAAAAGGAGGUGGGUGGGACCCCGCAGAGAAGGUAUUUCUUACAGUUCUCAGUCUGAGAAGAAAAGAAAAAAAAGUUUCAUUUCUAGCCCUAGCAGAGACGUCAGGGUUCUGGAGGAGCCCGCGAUAGAAGUUCCGACAAUAAAGGAGGAAGAACCCCAAGCCGAGGAAUCCGAAAAAAAAGCACCCGAAAUGCAUUUGUCUGAGAGAGAAGUCCCAAGGUCUAUUGAGGAAAUAAUUGUUUCCCUUCAGUCUGAACGUCAGUCAGCGGUGGACAAGACGAUCAAAGAUCUCAUAGACAGUAUCCUUGGCCAGAAUUACGACAUUAAAAUGGAAGAGGUAUCUUUAAUCAGACAUUUAAAGUAUCAAGAAGAGAUUGAAGGAGCAGAAGAACAAGAAGCAGAAGAAGAAGAGGAAGAAGAAAAAGAAAGAGAAAAAGAAAAAAAAGAAGAGCCAGAAAAAAGUGCUGAAAAACUUCCAAGGCCGAAGGAAAUUGAAAGAAUGACUGAAGAUGAGCUAAGUCCUAUGCAAACUGAUGAUGAACCUGAUAUGGAAGAGCCACAAACCAAACAAGAAAAUAUGGAACUUCUUCAGACUGUUUUAGAUACCAAGAUUUUGAGUGAGCUACCUACACUAUUGGAUACUACACAAAACAAAUUGCCACAACAGAUACCUGGUCCUUUCCAGGUUUCCAGUUUAAAAUCUUUGCAAAUAACAGGAAAGACAGCUACAACAUCCCCAAGAGCCAAACCAAAAUGUCAAAUAAGAAGAUUUCAUGCUGAGGCCUCACAGAUUCCCAAAACAACUUCAGAGAUUGUGUGUCGGCAGUCUACUCACACGCUUCAUAAGCUAUGUACCGCCGCUCCAACAUUUGUGCUGCCUACUGAUUUACGUCUUGCUUCUAGAAUAUAUCACACUGUAGACAAAAGGGGCCAUGACACUUUUCUUGGAAGUGAUAAAAGAGACUCUAUACAUGAUUAUGUUAGGGAUGAAAAAGAAAAAAACAGAAUACUCUAUGGAGUUCCUACUUCAAAAGCUAAGGACAAAAAUGAAAAUAUUUCUCCAGAAACAUCAACAACUUUAAUUAAAUGGAAAAAACCAAAUGAAAAACCAUCUCUUCAACUCUCAGGAGAAGAAGUGUUCAUUUACCCAGGAUGUGUGAAAAUGUUUUGGGCUCCAGGUCCCCCCAAAUUCUCUGCUCCAAUAUCUCUCAUAAGGCAAACCUUAUAUCCACAAUAUGAGCCAAAGUUAAGAGUCAUAAAGAGCAAAUCUCUGCCAGAUUUACAGAAGACUACUGGAAGAAAAGAUGAGAAAAGUCUUAAGAGAUCAUCAUGUAUAUUUAGUUUUACUCUUCAAAGUGAUUCAAUAUCACCAAUGGUACCUGAUGAUCUACAAAGUAACCUGAAUGAAGUAAUGAUUCAGAGAGAAUACGUUUUAAAGACGAGGGCUCAGGAAAAUAAAGAAGGCAUUGAUACUGAUCAAAAUUUAAAUGUGACUGCACCAUCUAAUUUACAAGAAAAGUCAAUCCAGCAUGGUGAAGAAAAGGAAAUUCACCCUGUAGAAGUUCGAAAAACAAGAGCUAAUUACAUUAUUUUUCCUAAGAGAAGAAGGAGGAAAUUAAGGAAAAAGCUGAAUACUGAAAAAAUAAGUUCACUGCUUAAAGAAUUAUCAAAGCCUCCAAAGACUCUUGAAAGAUCAGCAUCUCUUGUCAUUCUUUGGGAACAGAAGAAAUUUUUUCUCCAUGUGCCUAUGUAUGUCCGUCGAAGUCGCUGCCCUAGUCUGCCUGCUGUGCUAAAUUUUGAUGAAUUUGCUCAGAAGCAUGGUGGAAUUCCGGAAGAUACUGACCCUCAGCAAUGGGUUUUGGACUUCUGGAUUAAAGAGUUACAAGACAUUCCUCCAAUUCGAGAGCCAGAACAUGUUGAGGAGGAAAUAAUUCAAACUUCUGUUGAACCAGUUAAACCUGAAAAAGUAAAAAAACUACAAAAAAUAGAAUUUGGUGAUUUCUCAAAUCCAGAUCUCUCCGAGAUUGUUAGGCAGCAUUUGGAGACUGAAGUAGAGAGACUGACUAAAGAAAUAAAAGAGAAAAAGAAAAUGGCUGCUUUCCUGUAUGGCCGACGUGGGGCUAUUUAUAGAAAACUAGGCAAACUAAAGAAGGCCAUGAAUGAUCUACAAGAGGCUAUAUUCUUAGAACCUCUAUUACUUAAUGCUUAUUGGCACCGACAUUUCAUAUAUAUUUUCCAAGACAAAAGUGGUGAUGCUUUAGAUGACUUAAAUUAUAUAACUAAAUAUAAUAAAAAUAAUGCAGAUGUUUAUUUAUCAAAGGCUGAAAUUUUCAGGAAAAGAGGUAAUUUUACAUUGGCACUGCUAAAUUAUACCCAAGCAAUUAAGUGUAGGCCUACAGAUGAUGACAUCUAUUUCAAGAGAGCUGAGAUACUUUAUGUAGGGAACAAAUUACUGGCCAUUGAUGAUUAUUCUAAAUGUAUUUAUUUUAACCCAGAAAGAACAGAUGCAUUACUAAAACGUGGCCUGUAUCAUUUUGAAAGUUCUAAUUGGAAUGCAGCUAUUCAAGAUUUUUCCUCUUUGUUGAAAUUUGACUACAAAAAUAUUCAAGCAAGGACAUAUCGUGGCAGAGCUUUUUUUAAAAAAGGCCACUAUAGAGAAGCAACUGAAGACCUUUCGGCUGCAAUUCAUUUAGAUCCUAAUAAUUGGGUAGCAUUCUAUUAUAGAGCCUGCAUAUUGCGAAAAUGUAACCCUCAUAAAUCUCUUCAGGAUUUCAGUGUAUCAGUGCUCAUCAAUGAUCAUAUUGAGAAUCUUCUUGCUUUUCUACACCGUGGCAUCUUGUACGCAGAAAUGAAUUUCUGGGGGCUGGCAGUUGCAGACUUUGAAAGUGUACUUGAGCUAGACAGAAACAUAUCUUUUGCUUUUAUAAAUAUUGGCAUCAUAUACCUGUUGCACAUGGACAAGUACUUUGAAGCAAUUCAGCAGUUUACAGAGGCUAUUCGAAUUGAUCCUUUGUAUAUUCAAAGCUAUCUUUGCCGAGCACAAACUUAUCAUAAGUUGCAUAAAUUACCACAAGCAGUGAAGGAUUUGUCUCGAGCCAUCCACCUCCAGCCAGAUGGAAUCCACUUGUAUAUAAUUAGAGGACGCUAUCUACUGGAGAUGAAGCGGUAUGACCUGGCAACAUACACUAUUUUCCAACUAGAAAAAAUGAACAAAGGUUCCUUGGAGUUGUCUCCUGUUCAGCAAUCAUUGGUUUUUUCAUUUUGUAAUCAUCACACAGAAGCUAUAAAAAUCUUAUUUUCAGUCACAUUGUGUAAGCCAGAGCCUGCCAUGUACCUGUUAUUAGGAAAAACCCAAAUGAAGGCCAAAAAAACACAGAAUGCUGUGAUAACUUUUAAAAGGGCUUUGGACAUAACAACUGCUACAGACAGGACACCAAAGGGAUCAUUUCUGUCCGCGGAAUGUUACUAUCACUUAGGUCUUUGUUACAUGGAGGAAGGGAAUCCCCAAUUGGCCUUUGACUUUUUUAACAAAGCAGUGAAAGUAUAUCCUGAAUAUGCUGAGGCCUUUUAUCAACGAGGACUUUGUAGAGUGAAACUCCAGAAGGAUAAAUGUGUGCAGGAUUUCAAUCGGGCAAUUACCAUCAAUCCAAAACAUUAUCAGGCAUAUAUAAGUCGUGCAGCUUUCUAUGGAAUGAAAGGAAGAUACUCCAAGGCAAUUUUGAACUGUAGUGAAGCAAUCAGAAUUUUUCCUAACAGUGUAAGAGCCUUUCUCUACAGAGGAGUUUUGAAAUACUACAACAAGACUUAUAAGCUUGCAAUUACAGAUUUAAAUAUAGCUAUCUCCAUGAACAAAGCCUGUUUUCUAGCAUUUUAUAACAGAGCAAUAUGCUACAGCAAAAUAAAGGAAUUUUAUAUGGCUUUAAGGGAUUAUGGAAUUGUUCUUCUUCUCAACGUGGAAGAUGACAUAAAGGCAAAAACUUUAGUUAAUCGUGGUCUGAUCUACACGGAACUAAAAAUGGUUGCCAAUGCAUUAGAGGAUUUCAGGGAAGCAAUGCAGAUAAAUAAAAAUGAUGCUAUCCUGUUUCAAGCUGCUGGAAUUUGCCAUCACAGACUGGGAGAGUUUGAAGAAGCUGUGUAUUCAUUCACUCGUGUCCUUGAACUCAAUCCUUUUUUUGUGGAUGCAUAUGUUGGUCGGGGAAAUUCUUAUAUGGAAUACGGUCAUGAAGCAGCCGAGAAACAAGCACAAAAGGACUUUAUAAAAGCCUUACACUUCAAUCCAGCAUACCCGAAAGCCAGAAUUAGCUUUGGAUAUAAUUUACAGUCUCAAGGAAAAUUCCAAAAAGCUUGGAAUCACUUUACCAUUUGUGUGGAUAUUGAUCCAGGAAACUACCAGGCAUAUGAAGGGAGAGGAAUAGUCUGUCUUCAGAUGGGAGAUAAUUUUGCUGCUAUUCAAGAUUUAAAUUCUGCUCUAAAGAUCACUACUUCUGCAGAAUUUUUAACAAAUCGUGGUGUGAUUCAUGAAUUUAUGGGUGAACGGCAUAUUGCUAUGAAGGACUAUCAGGCUGCACUUUCUAUAAACCCUAAGUACUCUCUGGCUUACUUUAAUGCAGGAAAUAUUUAUUUACACCACAGGCAAUUUUCCCAGGCUAAUGACUUCUACUCCAAGGCAUUGGAAUUUGACCCACUAAAUGAUUCUGCAGUCUUGAAUCGAGGUAUCACAAAUAUAAUACUACAGAAAUUUGAAGAAGCAAAAGAAGAUUUUAUAAAGGCAAUUCACCUCUGUCCUUUUUGGGCUGCAGUAUAUUAUAACAAGGCACACUUACACUACAAUUUACAACAAUAUGAAACAGCUGAAAAGGAUCUUAGCACAGCCUUAUCAUUACAACCUAAUAAUCAUCUGGCAUAUAAACUCAGAGCAGAUGUUCGUGGAAAAAUGGGUUUGAUUGAAGAAGCUCUGAAGGACUAUAACCAAUCACUCGACCUUCAAGAAUUUGCUAAAGUUUAA